AUGGAUUUGUUUGAUCGAGUAGAGGAUAUGCUAAGUGAUAUUGGUGUUAAAGCUGCUUUGAAGGAGAUAGUAUUCAAGAAAGAAGAGUUGAUGUUCGUCACAGAUGAAAAUGGAAACACACCUCUUCAUUAUGCAGCAUUCACUGGUUAUGCGGAAGGUGCUCAUGAACUUCUGAAAAAAUCCACCCUCGUCGCCUUUCAACGAAACUCAAAAGGUAAUCUUCCGAUUCACGUUGCUUGCGGUAAGGGCCAUGUUCAGGUGGUUGAAGAAUCGCUACGUGUACAAGGGCCUUGUACAAGUUUUUGGCUCAAUAAUGAAGGUCGAAACAUUCUUCACAUUGCAUCUAUGAGAGGACAAAACAAGAUGGUAAAAUACCUACUGAAGCACCCGAAGAUCAAUUCCAAAACUGUGAAUGAGAAAGACCUGCUAAAUGGAGACACCCCACUGCAUCUGGCUUCAAAAAACUUGAAUCUUUGGACUUUAGACCAUCUAUCACGGGACAAAAGAAUAAAUGUGAACCUUGUAAAUGACCAAGAUUUAACAGCUAGUGAUAUUAUCCAAAGGCAAAGUAAAUUUCCAAGGACUCUUACAGAGUUUGGAGCAUAUAUGAUUCUAAGAUUUGCUAGUGCCUCGCUCAAACAUAAUAAUAAGCUGAGACCAGAACCAAAACUUGCACAGAAUAAAGAAUGGAAUGUGAAUGAUGGGGCCAACACGCUCAUAAUUGUGGCCGUACUGGUAUCUACAGUGACAUUUGCUGCCGGUUUCACAGUACCAGGUGGGCUAUACAAUUCGGAUGACCCAGUCCCUAAAGAAAGAGGGAUGGCAGUGUUGACCGAUCAAACCCUAUUCAAAAUAUUUAUGACUUUCAACACGAUUUCUAUGUAUUGCUCUACUUUCGGUACUAUUCUUCUUCUUUGGAGGCAUUUGAAUGAUCGUCGUGCUUCAAUACGAGCACAUGAUAUCUCUAAAAUUUUUGUCCAAUUGGCUCUUGGAACCAUGCCAGUGGCAUUUAUGGCUGCCAUACUUCUGGUUGUCAGCAAUGACAGCUUUCUUCAACAUCUUACAGGUGUCAUUGCAUUUAUCUUCAUUUUCCUUAUACUACUUCUUGGCCUUUUAGGAUAUUUUCCACUGGGAAUUCACCUUCCGGUUUUCCGUCAAGUUGGACAACUUAAUCUUUGGAUUCUUAUUAUGUUAUUUUAUGGAACUACGUAUGGUAGAGUUUAUGAUGUUGGUGAAAUCCAACAAGACGAUGAAGUUGGUAUGGCCAACCCAGUCAACACCACGCAAGAGAAGAACCGAGUCACCUAG